AUGUUUUCUGAUGCAGGGCCUCAGCGCCGCAGCUCAACCCCCUCUAGUUGUGUCGCUUUCUUUCCUGGUGUGUGCGUUUUUGAUUUCCAUCCCUUCGUCCCACGGGGUGGUGCGUCAGCGACCUGUGAUCAUCCCAGCUCAAUGGGGCGCUGUAAUUUUGCAACGGCUGCAGCGGCAGAGUCCCCUGCAGCCGCAGUGCCAGCAGGAGAAUCCCCCUCAGCACCAGCAGCUCGUACUGGGCUAGUAUCCUUCAGUCCAGGUUUGCCUGACAGUGUGCUGCCUCCACAAACGAUGUCUCCCCCGCAGGUCGAUCCCCAGCUUAUGGCGCCACACUCGGUGCCAUCUGUUGGCACUGCUCCGUGUGCAGCUCCGGAGGCGUCCGCCGCGUCUUGUGCUGCUGCUGGUGAGCGCUGGGAGGCAUUGUCGCGGGAUGCUGACGGGGCGUUGCAACGCGUGGUGGGUUCAUCGGGUCCACUGAGUCUGUUUGACUCUGGAACAGAGCUGCAUCCCACCCUGCGGGGUGGCAGCGAUGACUUUUACUAUAUCAACUUUCACGGAGCCUUGCAACUGAGCGCUGUCGAGGUAGCAGCAACGGCUCUUGCGGCCGCGAAGCGGUUUGUGGGCGCGCAAGAGCUCAGGCGCAAAAGGGGAAGAGGUGCCCUGGAGGCGGAAGCCGCCGACACUAGGCACUCCAUGAUAGUGGAAGCCGUAAAUGUUUCGCGCUUGCUGCGACAGUCACGCUUCGCCUCUCCCCCCUACUGGCUGAGGGAGCGCGUGGCCUUUCUUCUCCGGCGCGGCUCUCCGCCGACCUCGUUUGGGUUCAUCGUAGGGUCUCUGCUGCAGUGCCUCGUUGCUGUCGGGGCAGCCGAGGAGCAGCUGGGGGUGACGCUUGAUGCCUUCGCUGCCCGCCGCCUCAAAAAGUACCAGGAGAGCGUUGCAGAGAUGAAUGCUGCACAGCAGGCCCUCCUGCUAACGGACGGCAGCCCAGGGAACCUUCGCGAUACUCUCAAAUUCAGGCGCGGCUUUCCACUCUUCCCCUGGGGCCUGCCUGCCGACUCGCAAAGCACUCUUGCCUUCAUCAAAGAAAAGCUGAAAACCGACGAGCGGAGCCUUACCCAGCACUUUUUUGCGGCGCGAAGAGCUGCUGCCGAUGCGCACUUAGCGCUUGCGCCCUGGAGGAUUCCUCUGGAAGAAGUGCCGACUCAUGGGCCUACUCGUCGGCUGUAUGAGGGCUUCAAUUCUGCGGCCAUUGCUGCCAUCAAGCACGUCACGACUGUAGGCUGGCUAAGAUGGAGUUGUACUUCGUCUCUCCGCGCCCGCUCAUCUGCUCUCUUUGCGCGAAUGCCCACACCUGUGUAUAUAGCAGAUUUGACGCUCCACGCUUCUGCGUCUUCUUCCGCUGCCUCUUUGUGCAAAGCGGCGUUUACGUGUAUGUGGGAAGCCCCAUUGGCAGGGUCGUGGAACCGCCCUGUGAGCGUUUUCUCUUCCUUGGAGAGCGCCGCGUCCCUUCGCAAGAUCCUGGGAGCCCUGGGCCUUCCCAAAGAAGCGCUUGAGAGAGUGCACGUGGUAGGGGUAGACGGUAUUCUCCUAGGCACGGACCCGGUAGGCCACAGGCCCAGAAAAAUCGGUAACGAUCACCACGGGGAGGCACUGGCGGAUCUUCCACCCGCGCGCGAGGACUCCUCGGUGACUUGUGGGCAUCCGUUGCCCCAUGAACAGCGGGCAGACGCAGCGGGCCAACGAGGCGCGGGCGAGCUGCACGCCUCAAGUUGCUUCUCCGCCAUGACCAAUUUGGAGGCGGCGGGGGGCAACGGUAAGAGGCGGGCUGCGAUAGAGAGAAAGCUUAGCGGAGCCCUUGCUCUGUGGCAGCACCACAGAGCAAGGGGAUUCAAGGGGGUUCCCCACUUUAUCGAGGAUGACGUGGAGACACUGCAAGCUGCAGCAGAGGAUCCCAGGCUGCAGCACUUUCGCCUGUACUUCUGCGAUUGGGGGUAUUCCUCCUACGAGGACAGAUUGAAGGCACUUAUUCUUGACCGGAUUAAGAUUUUGCCGACGAUGUCACACCUCGUCUCUAUGCUCCUCCUCCCCGCGUUUCUCGCGCCGCGCCUGUGGGCGGUCGGUUCCACAACGGCUCCAAUCGAGUGGACUGAAGAAGGCAGAAUGCAAAGGUGGCUUAGACUUUCUGGCGCUCUCCAGCAGCUAAGCGGCCCAUCAGGGGCCCCCAAUGGCGCGUUUCAGGAGCGGCCGCAGGGAACCUGA